ACCCGACUACUGACAGUCCCUUCCGUGCCAUUCCAGAGCCACGGGGAUGGUAGCUACUCCGGCAAUGACCUAAAAACCAUUAUAGUCGAUUCUCGAUACGCUUCUUCAGUGGAUAAAACGGGGCAGACGUUGAUUCCACCCACGCUGAAACGAUUCGCCCAAACCUUUCAGGACGACCUUGCCUCGCUUCUGAACUCUAGGCCACGCCUCAUACAAGGAAGAAAAGCUGAGAAGAACUCCAUCUUUAUCACAAUCGACGAAAAGGGCCUGUACCUGGACGCCGCCAAGCGCCACACAUCGGAAGGAUAUACUCUCAAGGUUGAUAAAAACGGCAUCUCUCUCAUAGGAGCCAGCCCUUUGGGAGCAUGGUGGGGUACUCGAACCAUCCUGCAAGCUCUGGCUCUCAGAGGUCGGCUACCUUUUGGAUCUACCACUGAUGCACCGGGAUGGGGGCAAAGGGGUAUCAUGGUG